ACAAGAAGAAGAACCUUGCGCAUUAACAAGAGAUGAAUGUUUAUCACAUUGAUAAGCCUAAUAGAAAAUAAGGUUAUAGGUUUCCUACUGUAAAACAUAACAUAUAUGUCUAUUUGCUGUGUUAAACAUGUAUAAGUGAACACUUCGUCUUGAACCUGCACUGUAUUCGAAAUGUGACGAGAUAUAAAUCCAUGUAACUGGAGGCAAGGGCAGUGGACCUCCAGGACCAAAUGUGAAGAGCCCUUCAGUAGAUUGACUGGGUUGUGUGUAGUCUUGCUUUACUUUAUUUAAAACCUCCUGUCUAAGACCUACUGUCUUAGGCCAUAGGCUGCGUAAACAAUGCUGAGGUGGUUUUCAGCAGAAGAGUCUGGCUCUGCGCAUGGAGCUCCUGGCUCCCCGCAGGUGGACAUGGGCAGUGAUAUAAGAUUUUCUGAGGUCACUGAGCAGCUAACACAGAUGGAGGAGCUUGUGGCCCAUUUAAAAGAACUGAUCAGGGAAAAGGAUGCAGCACUCAGUGGUAAAGAUGACGAAGUCAAGGAGCUGACAGAACAAAUGCAGCGCUUGCGGGGUGAGAGAGAAAACUUUCAGUCAAAGCUGGACGCAGAACGUCACAUUACUCGGGCUCGGAUCAAGGAUCUGAUGGAGAAACAUGAGGCUGAGCUGCUCAGGGCUGCUGAUAAACAUGAGACUGAGUUGUCAGAGAGGGAGCAGGCCUUACGCCGACAGCUUGAGACUUUUCAGCGCUCUAUAUCACAGCCUGCAGAUGCAUCAACAAACCUACCCACCUCCAACACAGCUCAGAAAGUCACAGAGCUGCAAGCUCAAGUGAAGCUGAAAGAAACAGAGGCCAGUAAAGCAGAAGCAAAGUUCUUGAAAAUGAAAGCUUGGUCCAAAUCUCGGAUCAGGCAGCUCGAGGUGGAACUCAAAAAAGUUCAGUCUGGAGUAUGUCUCGAUAUGUCCCCUGAUGUCACGUCCCUUCAUAGUCGCAUUACUGAAUUGCAAGAGGAGAGGGAGGAAAUGCUCGGCAAACUGGAGCUGUAUGAAGAUAUGAAGGCAAAAAAUGAUGAACUUCAGAAGCAGCUUAUGGAAUAUAAGGAACAGCAGAGGAAGAUGCAGGCCGACCUGGAGCAGGUGACCAAAAGAGCAGCAUCACAGGUGAGUGAGACAGGCAGCAUGGAUGAUGUUCAGGUGAUGGAGUGGCAAGAAAUGGUUACCAUGGUGACUGAGUCAGAGAGAGUUCAAGAUCAGGGUCAUGAGAAGAACGUCAUGGCCUUCAGAAUGAGCCACAUCGAGGAGGAGAGAGAGGGACUGAUUGAGGAUGACUGGUUGUUUCCUGGCUGCUCCGAUCCAGCAUUAGCCAAUCGGCAACAGGAAGUGGAGGAGGAGUUGGCCCAGGCCCGUGGACUCAGCCCACAGAAAAGCAGGAAGCCCAAAUAUUUCACCCCACGCAGCCUGCAGUUUGAAGAAAUGGAAAAAUGCAAGAAGGCCAUGCAGGUUUGGAAGGACAUGAGGGAGGACUUGGAGUUUCAUAAUAGGCAAGACCCGAUAGGUCCCACUGAUUGUGAUGUUCUUGUAAAUGGAGAGAAUAUGGGUGGAUGGUGGCCACAGCACAGUGCUGCAGAUACAGAUGGUUUGAGGUCUGUCGUUGAGGAGCUCGAACUAGAGAGAAAUCAACUGCAGGAACAGAUUUUGGUCCUUGAGAAACAGUGCCAAGAUCUAGAGGACCGUCUGCAACUUCAGGCUCGCAUUGAAUUACUACAGGCAACGUUUGGUAUAGAUGAAGAUGGUCGAGCAUUGUCCGUGUCUCAGAAUGAAUCUGAGCGCCUGCAGGCACAGGUCGCCAACCUUCGCAGUCAGCAGAUUAGAGAGACAGAAAAGAAUCAGCUGCUCGUUGCCAGCCUGAACAAACAACUCAAAGGACUGAGCAGCACACAGGAGUGUCUGGAGUCCUCACUCAUGGAAAAAGAGCACACGCUUGCCAGAACCUCAGAGAAACUGGAAUUUAUUGACAAUCUGAAAGAGGCUUUAGAGACAAAGGAAAAACAAAACCAAGAAACAAGUGAAAAACUUCUUCAGACUGAACACAAUCUGGCUGAAGUUACAAAGACAUGCAGCACCUUUGAGAAGGAAAACUCAGAGAUGAAAGCAGCUGUUGCAGAUCUGACACUCAAGCUCGGUGUGCUGAAAGACAAGGUCCAAAAACAAGAGGCCACUAUAGAAUCAUUACAGAACGAUCUGGUUCAAACAAACGAUGAGCUCGACAGACUGAAUGCAGCUCAUCUAGAAGAAAGAGCCCAGCUGGUUCAUGACUUACAGAGCUGUGAGCGUGAAAUCGAUAGACUUCAAGAUGUCAUCACUGAAAAGGACAAAGACAUAUUGGCACUAACAUCCAGCACAGCAGAAUAUUCAGAGCAAAUUCAUGAACUAAAACAGAAAAUGAAGUUCAAAGAGGAUGUGCUGAGUAAAAUUGAACAGGAUGUUCAAAUCUUUAGAGACCCACAGCUUUCUGACCAACAGUUCUUCAAUGUGUUAAUACCUCAGCUGAUUGAACAAUUAAAGAGAACCGAAACUGAUCUAAAAGUAUCGAAAAAAGAAGGCGAGUCAAGAAGUAAUGAAAUUAAAGACUUAACAAAGCAAACAGAAGAGGAUAAGAAAACAGUUCAGAAUCUCCGCAUGGAAAUACAGAAGCUGAAUAUGAAUCUCAAAGACCAGCCAUUGAAUAAAGAACAAGUGCAUGAAAAAGACUCUUUCCAGGAGGAGCGUAAUAAGUUGCUUGCUAAAGUCAGCAAAUAUGAAAGUGAGCUUCUGAUGUUUUCUAGAAAGCUUGAGGAGCAGGAUGAAUGUCAAGAACAGCUUAAGCAAGAUGUCCAAGAAAAGUCAAAGAUAAUAUCCUCAUUGGAGGAGAAGCUAAAGAUUGUUCAAGAGGAGACAGUAGCAGAGAGGGAUAGAUUUAACAAAGAACUCAAGAUUCGGGAUGAAGCCAAAGAAAACCUUGAGAAAGAUUUGUCUGUUAAAAUUGAGAGUAAUAAAUCGGUGAACAAUAACAACCAGAAACUUAAGGAAUCGCUUGAGCAGACCUUGGGAGAGCUUACAAGACAAAAGGAGCAACUGGAUAAUGCUAAGGAGCAAAUGCAAGCUCUGCAAGAUAAGAAUUACAACUUGCUUUUACAAGUCGAAAGUCUCACUAAUGACAAUUGUCAUUUGAAGAGGGAAUUUGAGGCUAGUGUCCAGUCUCUCUCUGAAGUUUCAGAAAAAAAGAAAAGAUUGGCAAGCAAAAUAUCUGAAGUUGAACAGCAGCUUUCAGAAAGUGUUAAAACAAUAGAACACUUGCAAAGAGAUAAGGAAGAGCUAACACUCAAAGGAAAUGAACUGAACAAAGAACUUGAGCAAAACAAUCAGUCAAUGGCUAAGAUUGUUUUAGAAAAAGAUGGCUUUGUUAGACUCCAUGAGACACUGGGUAGACAAAAUCAACAAUUACAAGAAAUGUUUGAAGAGAAACAAAAAGAAGUGAUUACACUGACCCAAGUUGUGUCUGAAAUGAACAACAAGGUUGCACUAACGCUUGAAGAAAAUGAAAAACUUGCUUCUAAAAUUGCUAGUCUUGAUGAGCAGAAUAAGUACCUUCAGAAACAAACAAAUGAACAGAUGACGUCACUCACAGAAACAACCAAGGAGAGGGAUAAUCUGCAAAACAAAAUCUUGAUUUUUGAAACACAGGAUAUGGAAAACUGUAAAAUCAUUGAAGGCUUGCUUAAGCAAAAGGAAGAUUUGCUUUUGCAAGUAGAGGAACGCAAAGUCAUUGAACAGAAAUUGCAGUCUCGAGCUGAGACCUUACAGGAAAAGUCUUUAGAAUGUGCAGCCCUCUCAAAAUGUCUCAGGGAGACCAAAGAGGAAGUAGAUCAUCUUAAGAGAGAACUUGAAUCCUCCACUUCUCAAGUCCUUCAAUACACACAUAUCGUUUUUGAAAAAGAAAAGACCAUAACAGACCAAAAUACCCAAAUGGAAACUUGUCAGCACCAACUUAAGCAAUUACAUGACAGUCUUUCCAUUCUUCAAGAACAAGCUAUUAAUCAUAAAUCAGGUCUGACAGAAAAAGACACACUGCUGCAGAAAGAAUCCAAUUCAUGCCGUUUGCUACAAAAGGAACUUAGUCAUGAACAAGAACUUGUUAUUACCCUUCAACAAGAGAUGAGCUCUCUGAAAAUGGAGUUUUCCAGACUGAACCAGACUUUAGAAGUGAAAGAAAAAACUUUAAAAGAGAAAAAUCUUGAAUGCCACAAUCACUCAGAGGAAUUGUACAAAAGAAAUGAGUCUGUGCUUUCACUAACUAGUCAGCUUGGUAUUAUGAAUGAGAAUAUUGUGAAGCUUGAAUCUGAUAAUGCACAUUUAAAAGGCACUUUAGAGGAGCAUUUGACAGAAAAUGUAAGACUAAAAGAGGAGUUGAAACAGAAACAAAUAGAGGUUGUGGAGUACCAAGAUAAUGUCCAAGCAAUGAAUGACCAAAACGUUAUAAUUAAAUCUGAACUGAAGAAUUCAAUGGCGGAAAUAUUUAGACGACAAGAGAUGAUCACAUCACUACAAAAUGAAUUGGAAAGUAAAAGAGUUGAACUGGCGUCUUUGUCAGGACAAUUAGAAUCCAAACACUCUCAACUUGAAGCAUUACAACUCACUCUGCAGGGGAAAGAGGAAGCUUUCAGGACACAGAAGAUGUAUGUAAAUAAUAUGCAAGUUAAAGUGUUGGAAAAUGAAAGCCAAAUCACCCAGAAAAUAUCAGCGAUCUCUGAGCUGCAUGAAGAAGUUCAGAAUUUGCAAACAGCUUUGCAAGAAAAAGAUAGGUUACUGUUAAUUAAAGACCAAGAGUUCUCUCUGGUUAAGAAGACAUUAAUGGCACAAUCAGAAUCAUGUGAAUCCAGACUGAAAUUAGAAAUGGAUGAAAUUGCUAAAUUUCAAGGAGAGUUGAAGAGCUUACAAGAAAAGAACGACCAUCUCAUCAACAUCAUUAAUGAAAAGGAUUCUUUACUGAUGCAGGAGAAGGAAAAGUGUCUUCGCUUGCAAGGUAGUGCGUCAGAACUGGAAAAUACAGUUUCACAACUGACCUGUCAAAUAGAACGAUUAACCUUGGACAUCACACAGCUCAGGGAAACACAAACUGAGAAGGAACAAGUCACGUUUGCUGCUCAGUCACAAAUGCAGAAGCUGGAUGAACUAUACAAGAAACUUCAAGUGGAGCACGAUUUGACCAAACAAGAGUUGCUUAAAGUUAUCAAUGAAAAAUCUUUAAAGGAAGAAGAGAUCUGUAAAUUGGUUGAGGAAAAGGAAGAGAUCUGCAGAAAUUCUAAUUAUCAGAUUCAGAGAAUUCAAGACCAGCUACAACACCACAAGUGGCAAUCCAGUAAAGUGGAAGAAGAGAAGACAAUGGCAACAGAGAAACAACAUAUCCUGGGUCAAGAUGUGUCCCCAGAACACUGGGUCCAGUUGCAUAGCCAACUACAACACUGCCAGCGAGAGAUCCAGCAAAGGGAUUUUAGCCUUCAACAACUUAACAUUAAGCUGCAACAGACAACUGAGGAAAAGGAAGGGGUGACCUCCCAGUUAAGCACUGUUUCCAAGAUGCUCAGAGACACACAGCAGACUGUUAGUGAGCUCCAGAAUCGCUGUUGUUGGCUGGAGAGACAAUUUCAAAACCAGUAUUCACCCACGCAGGGUUCAGGCUAUACAGAAGUUCCACCAGGAGCCCCUCAGGAACCAAUCAGUGCCAAUUUUAACCCAAGUGGAUCAGACAGUGGAGAUCUCAGGAUAAGGCUGGCUGAGGCAGAGUUUCAUCUGUCUCAGUUAAACUCGAGAUUAGAGGAGGAGAGAUCAAGGAGAGAGGUCGCAGAGGAAGCCAUGCGGUUGACGGAACAGAGAGCUAAGAGCAUGGAGUCAAACCAAUCACGGCAUUCUCAAAGGGACUUUAGUAUUCAGCUGGAAAAAGACGAGGAACAGUAUGAAGACCUUGUUCUUCGCCCAGGCCGGCACCGUUUCAUGCACAAGAUGAAGAGUGGGGUUCACUUGUGCCAACGCUGGUUUAAAGGAAGUAGCAUAUACUGCUGUUCCAAACUACUGCCAUCCAGAGGGAAGGCACGCUACAUAUUCAUGGGCUACCUUCUUAUGCUUCAUGUGCUGGUUUUCGUGUGCCUCAGUUGGUCCCUGUAGAAAACAGUUGUCAUCAAAAUCACAUAUGCAACAAAUAGAAGAUCUGCAAAAAACUGGUGUGGGAACUGUAAGAGAAAAGCCCACAGUCCAGGCGCUUCCACUUACUGCGAUGCAUCAGAAAACCAAUGUAGGAGCUUCCCUUUAGUUGCGCACUCAAAUAGUGUAAAGCAGAAUGAUGAACUAUGAUUUGAGACAUCGAUCUUGAUCUGAAACUUACUAAGUCAUACUGGUUUCCAUAUAGACUUCAACACCAGCAUUUAUAAUGCAGAGACCUCAUGUGUAUUGGCAGAUACACAGAUGGCCAUUAGUAUUUAGAUUAUCUGAUGUAAUGGCUAUGCACUGAAAUCUUAAAAUUUAGGUAAGCAAUUGUUUUUCACAUUCUGCCAUCAAAUAAACCGAAGAUGAAUGUCCUGUUUGUCUGCACUGGAAAUGAUCAUAAGAUCGAAAAAUAAUUUACGUUGUAUGUGUACAGAGAGAAUAUUGAGUUUAUGUGCAAACUUUCAAAAGCUGUUAUAAGCAAGCAAACUUGUGAGAUGCCUUUAUGAACAUGAUUACAAUGUAGAAACACUGGAUUGAAAAUUAGGGUUUUGGAAUUAAAACUAAAUUAUGGUUUAUUUUAAGGGUUGAUUUACUUAUAGUAUGAAACACUGACAUGUUUGCUUGCAGAGCCAUAAAGUUAUAUUAUUAUGUAAAGUAGUUACACUACCUGUUGUGCAACACUGUAUAUCUGUAUAUGAAGUAUGGUAUGAGAAAAAGAGUGAAUCUUUGUUGAAUUAAACUACUGAGACCUUC